UAUACACUGAUUAUUUUCCACGGAUUGAAGUCAGGGAAGGUCACAUGACUGACCCAUGCUUUGUGGGUUGCUGAAUACCAACACAAAGAUUGGAUCUUUUCUUCUAUCCCAACCAAACAGCUUCCUCAACCAGCCCGGAAGGCGGAAACUACUGGGCUGAAAAGAAAAAACAUCGCUGGCUGCCACAUGACUGGAAAAAUGGAACACACCUCCAACGUGCAAUCAUAAUUACAGUACGAAGACUGCACUCGGUAGUUUGUUCCGAAGGGUAAAAGGCCUUACUCUUGCUAGCGGAACAAAAUCCAAUACCCAUUCGAGGAAACGACAGAGACUAAAUGGAAAACAGUGCACAGAGGAGAUUGGAACGUGUUUCUGGGCACCUGUUGUCUCCAAUUGAAGUCAAUAAUGGUCUUUCCCAGGUGUUAAUAAAAAGUGGGCAAAGAAAACAUGAGGAGGAAGGAGACCCAGUAGUGAUAGGAGGCAUGGUAUUGGAUAUACAUGCCACCCCUUCACUCCCUCUAAAUCCUAGAACCACCACUCCUGGGAAGGUCCAUUAUGUAUUAGGGGGUGUAGCAAGGAAUAUUGCUGAGUGUAUGUCAAAUCUAGGAACUAGGCCCUAUAUGAUUAGUGCCCUGGGAAAUGACAUGGCAGGUAAUUAUACCACCUCUGUUUUUUUAUUCCUUGUGAUGCAUGACUAGAGCCUUAUACCAUCUUACCUCUUAAGUAAAACUUCAAAAAUUAAAGAACGAAUAAUAUUUUCACUGCAUUCCUGGAUACAUUUAAGUGUUGAUGGGCUACAAUGAAAAAGUGAAAAACCUUUAGUAUUUUACUUAAUGAUGUUUUUGAUGAACCUGCAAUGGGUUGAGCUUGAUAUGCCCAUACAAUGCGGAUAUGGGUUUGCAACUCUGUCUUUUUCUACAUUAGACCGGCAAUUCCUUCAAUUGAGCUUUUGGUUCGUGUUGCCGAUCGGCUCUCUUGUGGGAAUGCCUGCGACCAGGCAGUUUUCAAUGAGGAACUAUUUUUCCCUUCAAUCCUGGGUAUGAUGGACUUUAUGCAUCCUGGAGAACUAUGGAUAUCUAUCUCUUUAUGAACAGCAAGGUCCUCUUCAAAACUGUGAGGAAAGAUGCUAACUUGAGCAAGCUCAAGCCGGUGAUUGUGCAUAUAAAUUACCAUCCUGAUAAGCUUCCACGUAUGCAAGCGGUGGUGGAAUUCUUUGUUAAUGGCAAGCAAGAUGCACUAAGCUCUUUCCCUGAUGGAUCGGAAUGAUAAGAUCUUGGAUUGGUGUUUUGUUGCUGCUCUUCAGAAGAUAGCCUCUGCAUUUUCCUGCUCAAUCCUGCAAACAUGUUGUAGACUUGUGAUGAAUAGAAGCUGCGCCAUCAUCCCAGACAAUCCUUGUCAAAUGUCCAUGCUGGAAAUUUUACUCUUCAGGUGGACGUAUGUGGCUUUCCCUAACAGAUGGUUUUCUUUCAAUCUCUUGUCUAGCACAAGAACAUUUUCCUAAUUUUUUCUAGUUGUAUCUUGCAAGUAAACAUACCAAUAUCAUACCAAGAAAUGCAAGGCCAUUUUGCUAGGCCAUUUUGCUAUACAUUAUCUGUUUAUGACUUUCUUCUCGGAAAAUAAACUUAUAUUUUGACCC